AUUUUUCCCAAGAAAAUAUUGAGUAAAAUUACAGAAACGCCCUUAAGUGGGCUGGUUUGAAUGGAAGAAGAGAAAAACUCUUCUAUCCCCAUUCCCUUCUUCUUUUCUUCCAUUUUCCCCUUUCUCUCAAUACCCUAUUUCUCCUCUCUUCUACUUGGUAAUGAGAUGAAGGAUUUUUCCUUCAAAUUGAAGGGAUUUAGGAGCAGAACCUUUGGAGAAGGAAACCCAUAUUCAAGUUGAAACUCUAGCUAGAGAACAAAGUAAAUUUUCGGUUUGGUGCUUUAGCUAUGUAUUAUUCAUGAUGAAAGAACUGUUCUAAAUCCACGAAGAGUGAUGCGCGCUUUAAGCUUAUACACCAACAACUUCAAUUUAACAAGACAGCAGGAUGCUUCAGAAGCUUUUCUUCAUCUCUUGUCGUCACUGAAGAAUGAGAGCUCCCACAAUUACGUGCUACACAGUAGUUCUCUUGCCAACAUUACCUCUUCUUCCUCUAGGAUAUAUAACCAGAAGGCAGGAGACCAGCAUGAAUUUGAGAGAUGAGACAAAUUCUUUUUGGUCCAUUUGAAGGCACCAUUGGAAGCAUAUUAACUUACAGAAGUUGUUCAUCUCUGCUUUUAGUUGACUUUGAGAGUUUCCACUGCUUGCCACUCUCACCUGUGCUGGAUAGAAGUGAAAAUAUUAUUGAUGGAUGUACUUUGAUGGAUUGUCUGAAGCAUUUUACUGCUGUAGAGCAUCUAGAAAGCUACCAUUGCAGUCGAUGCUGGCAUAUCGCUGUCAUAAAGCACUUAUCUCUUAAAUCAGAAAAAGAUGAGAUUGUAGCAAAAUGCAUGAUUUGAUGUUCGCAUUUGAAGAAUGUUUAGCUGGAGCUUUUCACUUUUCUUUUUCUUAACUUUCGAACCUUUGGGGUUCAAAUAAAUUUUCUAUUGUAUUGAUUUCUAUUAGAAUAUAAAAACUUGUUUUGUUGCAUUUUAUCGCUGCUCUA